UGCGGCGGAGGUAACAUCAGCUGCAGGAAACCAACGAGAGAAGAAGCUAGCACUAGCUAAACGGUGCAUGUUCCUGUACUACGGAGGUGAGUUCAUAACAAACCCGGACAAACAUGUCAGUGUUGUGAGGUAAUCCUGUACGGCAGACAAGACCUGCUGCGUGACGAGACCGCACCCAGGAACCCGGCAGGAGCGGAGCCACUUUUUUUUUUCUCUGUGAGUGAGGGUCUGGGAAUGGCUCUCUCCUUCCUCUUGGUUUUAGCCGCCACUGUAAUCCUCAUAAGACCCGAGACGCCCGUAACAAAGGCCCUGCAUCACAACUCGCUGGAGUGCUGCGGGGAGAAGCAGCGACUCAACAGCUCCUGCUCCAAUGACACCCACUGUGAACCAGGGUGUUUCUUUCGUGUUCUGGAGAACAGCAACACCGUCUGCAUUUCCUGCGACUCGGCUGCUGCGUUCCUGGAGAACGUCACAGUCUGCACCUACAACUACACGGUGGAACGCAGAAAUCACACAACAGUAACUACUGUCAUUCCUAAAAUUGGAGGACCCGGUGUGGCCGCAUCUCUUCUUCUAGGAACCCUGUUGAUCAGUUUGUUCCUCAUUCUCUCUGUGGCCUUAUUCUUCUACCUCAAGCGCUCCAGUCGACUCCCAAACAUCUUCUACCGGCGGAACAAGGCGUUCAUUUUUCAACCAAGUGAAACUGCUGUCAUGAUUCCCUCUUCAUCAGUGCGUAAGCCGAGAUAUGUUCGGAGGGAGCGGUCCUCUGCGGCUUCAACGCUGGACCGCUCUGCCACAGCCGCCGCCACCAGAGUUCACAACGUGUAGAAGGAGACGCGGGAAAGGACGCUUAGGUUUGAAUGAGAAUGAAGGACGGGAGGCUCACCCCAUGGCUCAAGCUGAGCUGCUGCAUCCACGUCUGUGCUUUUGGUUUUUAAGCUCAGCAGCAAGACAACUGGCAGCUUUUCCUCUCAGCAGUGAGGAGAAAACCCAUGAAAACCAACCACUGCAGCUCCUCCAUUCUUGGUUAAAAUGCUUUUUGACUUUGGUUUGACUGAAGUGGAGGCUUCUUUUCUUUUCUCUCUAACUGACCGAGUCCCAAAAGGAAGGUUUAGGAGCUGCUCGGCAACAAUCGCAUUUUUAACAGAAAAAAGACGACAAAUCCAGGUAAACUCAACAGCAGCAUUUUAUGUCGCUGCUGUCGUAUCUGAAGGAGGUUUUUGUCGCUUAUCUGGACUUUCUUUCUGUUGUGCUCCUUUAUCUGUGCGCUGAGGUUCUGCUAAAUCCGCCGUCAGAGUUAACCACGCGGAGUUAUUAAUGCACUGUGUCGAUGAACAGAUGUUUUUAUUUAUUGUUCUGGAAACUAAGAUGAAUGUAUUUGGUCUGUUGAACAAACCACACAAGUGUCAUAAACUCCACAGUGGAAAGUGUCUUUUUAGCCAUAUGUAUAGAAAUGUAUAUUUUUCUCCAGGAAUAUCCGUCAUCCCGCCAAACUGUUGUCAGAUGUUCUAAGAAAAUCUGCAAUUUCUCGUGCACUUUAGCUGACCACUCCAGCAAGAACACUAUUGAAGACAUUCUGGGAAUAUCUUGUAGCCAUGAAUGACCCUUUUCAAAAUAAGAGCGUUGCCAAACUAAAGACAGAAGUCGUGGCGAUGUGCCAUUAGGAGCUUUAAAGCGUCUAAGCCUCAUAGGUUUGGGACUAGUCCUUUCUUUUUGGGUGUAUUUAUAAAUAUUGUGCUUAUGUGUCAGUUUGUUUUAGUCUUCUGUAAAGAAAAUCCUGUUUUUACAGUAAUUAGAAGUGAAGUAGAAAGCAGAAAGUGUCAUUCCCUCAUUAUCUGAUGUUUUAAUGUUUUACACUUUUUUUUCUUCUUACAUGAAUGACUAGUUUUUGUAUUGAAGCACAUAUUCUGAUGCGAGGCAAGAAAGUUCUUAAGUCAUGUUUUAAUUACAGAAAUAAAGCUCCUUUGCAAAGUCA